CUUUCAAACGGCAUCACUUUAUCUUGUUCCUGGUUUGGUCUGAAACAUUGUGUAGCUUAUGCUUCUUGUUUGCUUUUUAGCGUGCUUUGUUCCCACUGUCUGAGAGACUCCUCUGCCACUCCCUUCCUCCAUUUUCCUCUGCAAUCUUCCAAUAACAUCACUUUCCCCUGUUUCUCUUCAACCCCUUUCUUGGGUUAUGGACAGAAAACAGGGCUUCUUCUCCUCCCUUAAAGACGAGGUUGUUAGGGGCCUUUCUCCCGGAAAAUCCAGACCCAAAUCCCCUCUUAGGAGUACCUCUCCGGCCGCCAGUUUGCGCCGCCGGAGGAAGACUGCCCACCGUCUCUCCCGCCAUGAAAUCUUCUUCGGGAGAUCCGGGAGCUUGAGGCCUGCCGAGGCAUUGUCGCCGUUGAAGGAAGGUCCUGAUGAUACGGACGGCGAGGAUCCCAAAAUGGAAGGGAGAUGGGCGCAAUGGAUGAAGGGCCAACUCUGUAGAGCUCCCUCUGUUUCCUGCUCUGCUUAUAAACGCUCCGAUCUACGGCUUCUGCUUGGGGUUUUAGGUGCCCCGCUUGCCCCUGUUCAUGUUACCUCCUCCGAGCCUCUCCCUCAUCUCUGCAUCAAAGACACCCCCAUUGAAACUUCAUCUGCACAGUACAUAUUACAGCAGUACACUGCUGCUUCUGGAGGCCAAAAGCUUCAAAGCUCUAUUCAAAAUGCAUAUGCCAUGGGAAAGGUACGAAUGGUAGCUUCCGAGUUUGAAACUGCUAACCGAGUUAUUAGGAGUCGAAACUCCUCGAAAGAUGCCGAGUCGGGAGGGUUUGUUUUAUGGCAAAUGAAUCCAGACAUGUGGUAUGUAGAGCUUGCACUUGGUGGCAGCAAAGUUCAUGCUGGUUGCAAUGGGAGGCUUGUAUGGAGGCACACACCAUGGCUUGGUGCACAUUGUGCUAAAGGGCCUGUUAGACCUUUGCGGCGUGCACUUCAGGGACUUGAUCCUAAAACAACUGCAAGCAUGUUUGCCAAUGCAAGAUGCACAGGGGAGAAGAAGAUAAAUCAUGAGGAUUGCUUCAUCCUUAAGCUCUGUGCAGAUCCCGCAACGUUGAAGGCCAGGAGCGAAGGGCCAGCUGAGAUUAUACGACAUGUUUUAUUUGGUUAUUUCAGUCAGAAAACUGGUCUCCUAGUGCACUUGGAAGACUCUCACUUGACCCGGAUACAAAACAACGGAGGCGACGCAGUUUACUGGGAGACCACAAUCAAUUCAUUUCUCGAUGACUACCGACCUGUUGAGGGGAUUAUGAUCGCACACUCGGGACGUUCGGUAGUAACCCUCUUCAGAUUUGGAGACACUGCUAUGAGCCACACUAAGACCAGGAUGGAAGAAGCUUGGACAAUUGAAGAAGUAGCAUUCAAUGUCCCUGGUUUAUCUGUAGAUUGUUUCAUUCCUCCAGCUGAACUAAAAUUCGGUUCAGUGAGUGAAGCUUGUGAGCUCCCUCAGGAUCAAAUCAUUGACAAUGCUGUAGCAGCAUGUCAUGCUAAAGUUGCUGCUCUCGACAAGCUUGGCGACGGUCCUGUAAUCUGGAAUACCGACUCGUAAGAGGACGACGACGAGAAAAGGGAUGAACUGUUGAUAGUAAAUUAUUGUACUGAUAGCAAGCUAGGUGCUUAGAACUCCUUAAGAUGAUUAAAUAGCUCAUAUAGGAACUGAGAUCAAUACCCUUUUAUAUUUGUAAAUAGAGCAUUGCCAUUCAUAUAAUUUUCCACUGUUUCUUUAUAAACUGUCAAUACUCAUCCAAAGAAUACUUAUGAAAUUUAGUUCCCAUUCUGCAAGGUCA